UGAGAGACAGAGCGUCGUGUGACGUCUUGUUGAUGUUGUUGCCGUAGAGGAAGAUGGCGGCUCGCUGGAGUAGUGAGAAUGUGGUGGUGGAAUUGCGAGAUGCGCAGGCCACUGCCAUGUCUGUGGACUGCCUGGGUCGACAUGCUGUCCUGUCAGGACGGAGGUUUCUGUAUGUGGUGAACCUGGAGACUCCGUCUGAAGCUCCCAGGAAGAUUGUCAGACCGAGCAAAUGGGACGUGGGGACCGUUCAGUGGAACCCCCACAAGGCAGAGUCCCACGUCUUCGCUGCCUCUAGUAACCAGCGAGUUGACCUGUACACAUGGCGUGAUGGCUGUGGGGAGGUCCACGCGACCCUGCAGGGACACACACGAGUCAUCAGUGACUUGGACUGGUCCUGGUUCGAACCGGAGUAUCUGGUCACCAGCUCUGUAGACACCUACAUCUGUAUCUGGGAUACCAGAGACACGAGGAAACCUACUGUGGCGUUGUCUGCAGUGGCGGGAGCGUCCCAGGUCAAGUGGAACAAGCGUAAUCAGUACCUUCUAGCCUCCAGUCAUGAUGGAGAUGUUCGCAUCUGGGACAAGAGGAAACCCAACACAGCUGUGGAGUAUGUUGCAGCUCACCUGUCUAAAAUCCACGGUCUGGACUGGCACCCUGACAACGAAUACAUCCUGGCCACGUCCAGUCAGGACAACUCCGUCAGGUUCUGGGACUACAGACAGCCCAGGAAGUAUCUGAACAUCCUGUCCUGUCAGGUUCCUGUGUGGAAGGCCAGAUAUACUCCUUUCUCCAAUGGCCUGGUGACAGUGAUGGUUCCCCAGCUGAGACGUGAGAACAGCUUGUUGCUAUGGAGCGCUCUGGACCUCAACAGCCCCGUCCACGCCUUCGUGGGACACGAUGACGUGGUGCUGGAGUUCCAGUGGCGUCCGCAGAAAGAAGCUUCUAAGGAGUACCAGAUGGUGACUUUGUCCAGAGACCAGACUCUGAGAAUAUGGAGGCUGGAUCCACAGCUACAGAAGCUGUGUGCCAAUGACCUGGUAGAGGAUCCGAUAGAGGGCAUCAGCCUAACUACCGAGUCAGAGAAGAGCCUUCCCUCUCAGGACCCUGAACCCACCAUACACAGCUGUGGCCUGCCAGCCGAACACCUGCAGGACCAGGCUGGUGCUCUGACCUCCGGUGGUAGACAUGACUCUUCUGCUCUGCCCCAGACACUGCAACAGGAGUUCUCUCUGGUCAACCUGCAGAUCAGAAACGUCAACGUGGAGAUGGAUGCAGUGAACCGUAGCUGUGUGGUGUCAGCCGUGUUCGGGACCAACCAGGUCCACCUGGUGGUGAAGUUCCCUUCCCACUACCCCAACAACGCUGCUCCAUCCUUCCAGUUCAUCUCCCCGACCACCAUCCCCACAGCCAUGAGGACCAAGAUACAGAAGAUCCUGACAGACACGUCACUGCAGAAGGUCAAGAGGAAUCAGAACUGUCUGGAGCCCUGUGUUAGACAGCUGGUGUCCUGUCUGGAGUCUUACAUGACCCAGGAGGAUGGUAGUGCUGCCAACCCGUAUGUCCUGUCUAACCCCGUGACCCCUGCUCUGCCAGCCUUCCCCCGGGUCACCAACACCUACGGCUCCUACCAGGAUGCCAACAUCCCCUUCCCUCGUACCUCCGGGGCUCGCUUCUGUGGCACCGGCUGCUUGGUGUACUUCACAAGACCCAUCACUAUGCAUCGCUCGGUACCACCCACUGAACCCACACCCAGGUCCCUGUCAGCCCUGUCUGCGUACCACAGUGGGGUCCUGACUCCCAUGAAGAUGCGUAGUGAGUCUCAGAGCUCUCUGAGGCUGUACAGUGGCAGCCCCACCCACACGGACAAGGACCAUGUCUCCAUAUCAUCAUUCUACUACAAAGAACGGAAGCCUCCUCAGUCUGGCCUUCGCCGCUGGUCCAUUCAUGACUGCCCGAAGUCUCGUCGGUUCAAGACGAAGCGCGAGGGAGCCGACUACGGUAACAGACCCGUAAAGCUGGCAGGGAAAAUUAUCAUCCAGGAGAUCUCCUGUCCGCUGCCUGUUCACAAAGCCCUGGGGGAGACGUACAUUCUGAAUGUGAACGACAUACAGGACACGUGUCAGAAGAAUGCAGCAGCAGCUCUGGUGGUGGGACGCAGAGACGUGGCUAAGGUGUGGGCCCUGGCCUCGGCUGCCACCAGCCUAGAACUCAGUCCUGACUCUGACCCUGAUGCAGACGCUCCCUGGGCCAGACAUCCGUUUGGGCGCCACCUGCUGGAAACUCUUCUGGACCACUACAGUCUGAUGAGUGAUGUCCAGACUCUAGCCAUGCUGUGUAGUGUGUUCAGGACCCAGGGCUGUUCCCAGGACUACUUCUCUCUGUAUGGACAGCAACGCUCUUCUCUGUUUCCCCCUCAUCACUCCCGAUACCCCAGCUACACAUCCAGCUCUGUGUCGUCAGGCUCCUGUUACAGCACCUCAGACUCCACCACCACCACCACCUGGAGCAUCGGUCGAGACCCGGAGCAGGUCCCUCCCUUGGGGGAGUCCUCGCCUGACGACUAUCGCCACGCCAACCAGAUGUACACAGACCCCCGCGAGCGAGAGAGAGAACUACACGACAUGAAUAAAAGGCUGCUGGACCCAGCCAACACCAUGCAGUUUGAUGACUUUAAGAAGUGUUACGGGGAGAUCCUCCAUCGAUGGGGUCUGAAGGACAAGAGAGCCGAGGUCCUCAAGUUUACAUCCUGUCCUCCUGAACCGCACAAAGGCAUCGAGUUUGGUGUGUACUGCUGCCAUUGUCGUAGCCAGGUGCGGGGGACUCAGUGUGCUGUGUGUAAGCGCUUCACCUUCCAGUGUGCCAUCUGUCACGUGGCUGUCCGAGGCUCCUCUAACUUCUGUCUGAGUUGUGGUCACGGGGGGCACACCUCCCACAUGAUGGAGUGGUUCAGAACACAGGACGAAUGUCCCACAGGCUGCGGCUGCCACUGUCUGCUACAGAGCACCUUCUGAGAGAGACGCUGAGACACAGACUGAUGCAGACACACACACACACACACACACACACACACACUGUCUGCUACAGAGC